AUGGCUACAAAUGUUUUAACAUCAUCGCUCUCGAAGGAAUCUACAGAUUCUGAUGAGAAUGGAAAAGAGAUCAAGAUAAAAACGUUUAACAGAAAGGAAGAAAUUGAUUUUAAUCUCUGUCCUUUCGUAAGCGAUGCAUUUAUUUUCAUUUAUCGUUUUUAGAAAUGUCAAACUAGUAUAUAUACAUAUAUACACAAUUAUGUUAUUGGUUGUAAGUUCUAAUUAAUAAUUCAUGCAUAUAUUGAACAUAAAUGUUUAAAACUUUUUGAAAGAGUUCUUAAUAUAUGAUAUAUGUAUAUUUCAAAUGAUUCAAGACAUUCUUAAUUAUACGCAUGUACAUAAAAAUAUACAUAUUACGAGAAAUUGUAUCUGAGCCUACUAUUUCUCUAAAUACAGAAACUGUUAUGGUCCUUCGGAAUAAAUUCAGUUACACCUUUAAUAAAUUUAGCCACGAAAAAUCGAACGAUCAUCGCUUAUGCUUGUUCACAUAUUGUAAUAAUCUACAACUAUGAAACUAGAGAGGCAAUAAAUCUCCAAGGCCAUGUAUAUAUUUUUCUUUAUCUAUUGUAUUUAUAUUUUAUGUUUUAUUACAUUUUAUUGUUUAUAAGCUAAUUUUCUAA